UGUAUUUUUCUCUCAUGUCAGUGUACGAGGAAACUUCGAGAGCGCAAGAUCGUUUAUUCCUCUCCUCUCGUUCGUUUCUCUUCGUUUCUCCUCGUUAUUUUUCGCUACGAGAAUAUUCACAAUAGUAUUGGUAGAUUUUAAUAUCGAUAGUAGUAGUAGGUAGUAGUAGUAGGUCGUAGUAGUAGUAAGUUGUCAUGUAAUUUUCGCUAGAUGAACUACUGAUGAAAUUAUUUGAACCGGAUUUUGUUAAAAGAUAACCCAUAAUAUCUGCACAUAUGUGCUAUUGCAUAAUCUUGAACGGUUGGUUUUGUGUACGCGAAUUCGUAUCCGCGAGUGUACGUCGUCGAAAAACAAUAAUUACAAAUUAUUUGAUUAUUUUAAUUUUAUAUUACUGAGAACAAAGAACAAAAUUUCGCAGGACAAUUUUUUCCAAGAUGUUCGGAUCGGAGUACAAUUCGAGGAUCGUGAUAACCUGCGGCAUUGCGAUGUUCCUAGGAAUCGUAUAUUGGAAUUUACGUAAAAGUACUUUAGAAAAAUCUAAAAGGAAAAAAUCCAGUGAGAUAAUGUCACGAGAAACGAAUAAUGGUUGUGAACAAAAAACGAAUUUACAUGGGACGAGUAACGGUUGUGACAAAAAAAACGAGACGAAUUUAAACGAAAUUAGCAACGGUUGUGAUCAAAAUCUAGACAUUGAAAAUAAAAAGAAAAGUGAGAUAAGUGUGGUAGAAACAAAGUUAAAUAUUCCUAAAUUGAAAUGGGUCAAGGUAGGUCAGGUCGAGGAACUCUAUUAUUAUCCUUUAAAAUCAGGACGAGGAAAGACUAUAACCGAAUGUAAAUUUACGGAAUUUGGUAUAUCCUUAGAGGAAAAAGGUUUGCUUACACUUAGAGACAGAAUGUUUUUGGUGUACAACGAAGAGACAUACAAAUUUCAAACGGGUAGACAGUAUCCAACGAUGAUUCUAGUCAGUUUAUCUGCAGUAGAUGAGUACAAUGUAAAAUUAGAAGCUGUAGGAAUGCCUAGUGUCGUCUUUAGAGUACCAGAGAAAUCCGAAAAGAGUUCUGCAGCCAUUGAAUGCUCGUUGUGGUGGGGAGAACCGGUUAAAUGUAUCGAUUGUGGUCCGGAACCUGCUGAAUGGUUAUCGAGAUUUUUAACCGGCACAAAUUCUGGUUUACGUUUAGCCUAUUCGUUGUUCAAUCGAAGAGAAAUUACUAAAGGUCCAUGGGAAAGUAUAAGUAAAGUUUAUAAUACUCUUAGAGACGAAGACAGUGGCUUGUUCUCAGAUACUACAAGUUAUAUGUUAAUGACUUCGAAAUCUUUGGAUAAACUUAACGAACGAUUGGAAACACCUGUUCCAACUUUACAAUUUCGUCCUAAUAUCGUUGUCUCCAACGAUGAACCAUUUGUUGAAGAUAAUUGGGAAUGGAUUAAAAUAGGUGAUCGUGCAAUUAUUAGAAACGUUAAACCAUGUCCAAGGUGUAAAAUGAUCAAACUUGAUCCAGAAACCGGUAAUGUUGCGAAAGAAGAACCAAUGAAGACAUUAUACUCUUUCCGAAAACAAACCGAUCCAGAAAGGGUUUCGGUUGAUGGAACAGCACCGAUAAUGGGAAUCUAUUGUGGAUUGUACAUCACUGGUCGUGUUAAACUUAAAGACGACGUAUUUGUUCAUGUACCAGAUGAUACGGAUAAUUUGAAAAUUUCUAAUGGUCAAGAAAUCGAGAUUUAAAAUGUGUUCACACAGCUUGAGAUCGAUAUUUGAAAGCGUGCCUUUCUUCGAUAGUAAUUUUAUUCCACUUAUGUGUGGUCGCUUCGUUUAAUCCAAAUCUUAAAUGUGUUCGUCAAAAUAUAUAUAUACCGGAUCAAAAGUUCCUAAAUAUAUUCUAAUUGUAUAAUCGAGAAACUUUUAAUUUGUAUGAAUCUAAAAAAAA